CCUUGCACAUCGCGGGUUCCUCCAUUUUCGAUACGGCGGGGAGCAGUUUACCGUAGAUCCAGCUAUGGAUCCAUGCAGCGUUUAGACACUAAUCCGGCUAGAGCUACCCGUAUUACUCAACUCGAUUCCCCGAUGCCGACGCCGGAUGACGAUGCCUCGCAUCAUCCACGCCUAUGCCAAAUGUGAAGUUCCCCAGAACAUCGCGCCGGAUAGCUCGGUUUCGAGGUAUAUAUAUCAAUGCCGGCUUAUAUAACUAUUGCAUCUUUAUUCGUGUAUAUAACACCAUCGCCUGCCUCUCGUCCAUCCUACCUUCUUAGCCCAUCAAACGACCUACCACCGCAACAUCCGUACUUACCUUGAAACACUACCUACCACCAACCAUGUCAGCCUCACCCCCACCAACCCGGUUCGCAGUAGCCCUGUACCCCGGGUUCCAAGCCCUCGACGUCUUCGGGCCCCUGGACAUCCUGAACCUGCUCUCCAAGCGAACCCCACUCUCCCUCGCCAUCCUCGCCCCAACCCUGGCCCCGGUAUCAACACGCACCCCCGUGUCCGGACACACCGCGUCACAGUCCGUGGUCCCGACGCACACGUACGCGGACAGCCCAUCGGACAUCGAGGUCCUCCUCAUACCGGGCGGGCCAGGCACCCGCGACCCGAAGUACGUGGGCGAGGUCGAGGACUACGUGCGCAAGGCGUUCCCAAACUUGAGGUACCUGCUCACGGUGUGCACGGGCAGCGCGAUUGCCGCGCACGCGGGCGUGCUGGAUGGGAGGCGGGCUACGUCGAAUAAACGCGCUUGGGACUGGGCAACAUCCCAAGGCCCGCACGUAAACUGGGUCCCGCGCGCGCGCUGGGUAGCCGACGGGAACAUCUGGACGUCGUCCGGGAUUUCGGCGGGCAUCGACAUGAUGUACGCCUUUGUCGCGGAGCACUUCGGCGAGGAGGUCGCGGGGGAUCUGGCGGAUGUGGCGGAGUAUGUGCGGAACACGGACCCGGAUAACGAUCCGUUUGCUAAGACCGAUGUGAAGGAGAAGAAUGGGGUUGCGAAGUAGGAUGGGGGAUGUGAGGUUGAGUUUUGGGAUAGGAGGAGGAGGGAGGUAGGCAAAUUGGAAAGAUGGGAGGGAAAAGGGUU